ACUCCCCCCCCCCCCCCACACACCUCCAGACCCCCCCUCUCCACCAUGACACUAUUGGCCUCCGAGAGGUCGCUUCUCAUCCGGAACAAGUUCCGCUCAGUCCUGCAGCUGAGGAUUCAGAACCGAAGGCAGAGUGAAAUCAAUGCAGACUCUGGGUUGAAAUCUACUUGUCCCCCUCAGAAAGCAGAGAAAGACCAGAGUGAAGCUCUGUGUCUAACUGAAGACGGCGCCGCUCAGAAGUUGCCCCCUAGUGGUCUGAACACUGAAACUGCACAAGAGAGGACUGUGUGCGGGGCCCAGAGGCAGAAGAAGGCUCGCCAUGCUCAGGACCUCUCUGAGAGGAUCAAACGUCCGCCCGGGCCUGUGGAGCAACAGCACGAACACACACUGCCCCUGGAGAACCGCCCUGCCUCUUUCCCUCUGUCCGCUGAUGUCUUCGAAGAUGACAUCUCCUCCUGCGCCUCCUCCUCGCCCACUGAGCAACAUGGCGUUCACCAAUCACCCACCUUUUCUACACUGCCAGGGCUCUCAGGUGACCAACUGCUGAGUGACUUCUCAGGUGUGGCCCCGCCUCUUAACCACAGCGCCGGUCACGCUCAGUCUGGUUUGGCGUUGCUCCCGGCAACCGAGGGCAUCAGACAACCUAUGAGUGUAACACUGAGUGAAUCAAACACCAUGGCAACAACUGGGAGACCAAGUGGGCUGUAUCUGACGUCUCAGACCACACCCCUGCUGCCAAAGACAGCUCGGCCUCCCAGCCCCACCUGCACCUCCUCCCUGGCCCCCUCCCUCAACUUCAACCAUCUCCCCCGCCCACGGAAACCGCGGGACACCAAACCCAAAAUGAGGAAACUCAAAUAUCACCAGUACAUUCCUCCAGACCAGAGAGGAGGGUCUGGGACUGGAGGAGGAGCCAAACAGAAGAACCCUCCUUCUACCCAGUCUUUAGACCCAGCCUACUCCCAUCUCCUGAAGCAGCAGCAGGUCAUCCUCCAGCUGCAAAUCCUACAGAACCAGCAGCAACAACAACAGCAGCAACAGCUACAACCACAGCAACAGCUCACUGUGGAGCCCAGUGAAGAUCACAAUGGUCUUGUGACGUCCUCUGGAGCCCUGCCCCUGAAUCCCCAACCUGUUCCCGCCACAACAAACCACACCCCUACAGACACAAACCCUACGUCCAAGCCUGAGCUUCUCCCUGCAAAUCUCGUUGAUCUAACAGUGUCAGAGUUGCGGCAGCAGCUGCGUAAGCGCGGCCUCCCCGUCUCCGGCACCAAGCCUGCUCUGUUGCAGCGUCUCCGACCCUUCCAGCUUCCCCAUGCUUGCCUCACCCCUGCUCCUCUGUGCCAGCUGGGUACCAGCCUGGAGCCCCUCACCUCCUGUCCCCCACUGCCACCGAGCCAGAGCCCCGGCUCAAGCUCCAGCUCUGGACACGACUCCCCCGGCAGUAGCCCGAACCAACAGAUGUACAUCGCGGACAGCAGAGUUCCUAAUGGGAUUCUCAGUGACGCCCAAAAUGGAAUUCUGAACAAUGUGCCGAACGGUUUCUCAAAUGCUGUGUCAGUCAGUUUGGCAGGCGAACAGUGUCUUUCCAACACCGUCUUCCUGGCUCCUGCCAGCACUGCCUCAGGAACUCCAAGUCCCAGUCUGCCCAUGUCGUCCUCCUCGCCCCUGCAGUGUGGGACUCCCUGGAGAACUGAGAGCGAGCAGCAGCAACAACAGCAGCAGGAGCUGAGUGUGGAGCUGGAGAUGAGGGAGAGGUUACGGAGCAGGCCCAGGGACCGCUCCACUAACACAGGCAACGAGUCUUGUGGAGGAUCCCUUCAUCCGUUCCUGCAACAGGAUCCUGGAUGCUCCAGAGGGAAGCCAGACACAGACACACAGGCAGAGGUGUUGUUUACACAGGUGUUUUGCUGCCAACCAUGUGAUGUGAUUGGCCAGGAUUUUGAGCUGCCAGUGCAGAUUACAGCAAGUCCAGCUCAGACCUUGCCUGGCAUUCGUAGCUUGGAGGAAGAACUACAGGAGGCGAUUCAGAAAGCACAGAUGGACCCUCGGCAGUCCAUAGAUGACAUUCUGGAUGAGCCUGUGACUUGUGUUGGCUCUGUCAGUGUCUGUGAUCAUAAAUCCCCUGCCCAAUCAGUCCCUGUCCCUUCGUCGCCUCCCCCUCCUCCUCAAGCUGAUCAGUCCCAGGCCUCCCAGCAGCAAAAGGACGACAGCUUCCUGCCCUCACCUCUUUGCUCCUCUCUUUUGCUUGAGCUCCCUCCAUCUCCCGCUGUAAUAAACCCCAGCCAGGUGAUCCCAGCUCCUCCCCCACCCCCGAUCUGUACCUCCCCUCUGCCAUCCAAUGGGAAGUCACGGAAACGGCGGGCUCCGUCAUCGUUUGACGCUGCCGACUGGCUUGAAACGCUCACAUCUGGCCUCCGCCCUCUUACUCCGCCAACUGCUCCUUUUGUUGAAUCUGACUUCAGCCUGGAUUCAGAUCUGAAUGUCAGUCGGGUGUUGGAUCUAAUGAUAGAGCAGUGGUGAGGAUUGUGUGCGCGUAUCAGUUUGUAUGUACAGUAGGAGAGCGCUUUAUGUUUCUGAUGGUAAUGAAUGGGGCUAACAUGCAUCCCACCAAGGGCACAAGAUUGUGAAUAGCGGCCUCCAUCCCUCCAUCUGUCCAUCCAUCAUUGAAAGGCUGUCAGAGUCACUGGCUCCACGCAAUGUCGAGAGCUGGAUUCAUUGCAGCGAACAGAUUAAACAUGGCUUUGAUGGGGCAACGAGAGCACAAACACAUGCACACACAUAGACACUGCAGAGUGCUGUUUAAAAGCACUUGGGCUCGGCCAGAAAUGGCAAACAAGCAACACAUCUGUGGAUUGACACACUCCACAGCACAAUGUUUGCAGUGCAAAACAAAAGAAAACCUGGUGGCAUAUUAAUUUAAACAUGCUUCCUGGCUGUGCUGGGAGAAUGUUGUUUCUGACUUAUCUCCAAAACCCGUUGUCGGAUUGGGUUGAGUGUGGCCCCUGGUGUUGACUCAGUCAUUGAGUCCUAGCCAUUCAUAAAGCCCAUUUAGAGUGUGUAAAAGCCAGACAGAGCACGCAGCUUGUGUGUGGCUCCAGACCUUAACCCCGGUGCCAGACACACAGUCGGCAUGCAGAGGGAGAAAGCUGGCAGAAGCUGCAAACAAGCAGUGUGUGUGCGUGCAAGUGUGUGCAGAAAGCUUGUGCGUGAAGUAUGUGUGCGUUCAAUAUGUCCGACUGUGUGUGACUAAGCACACAAGGCUGCUUCUGUUUGUAUGUGUCAACACCCAACUGCUUCCAUGUAUAUUUAAUAGCAUUAAAGCCAAAUGCACUUGUAGUUAUUUGUUUGCUUACAAUUAAGUGUCCCUCUGUGUGUGUGUGUGUGUGUGUGUGUGUGGUAUGAUUGAACUGUGUGAGGAUACAUGUGAAAGACGCAGAAAAAGAAAUAGCUGUGGAUUUCUGUGUCCACAUUUUAAGACCAGACAUUUCAUUGUAGGCUCAUUGCCAGCGGGCAGUAACUCCAGUGUAGUUAUCCAGUGUAAUCAUCAGAACAGCCACAUUACCUUGUUCAAGUCAGCAUUCUCCAGGAGAGCAAUCAGGCAACCACCCCAAAAAUAGUCCCCAUACAAAUGCUCCAAUCAGACAACUGAGAGUUUCCUCAUCGCUUUGCAAAAACAGGUGGUCAUUUUGUUCCCUGAUUAACCCCCAACAGCGUCUGGCCCGCUGCACGGUGCUUACCCUGCUACUUGCAAAGCCAGAUUUAGCACAAUUUACAGCCCUACCCCAAGGCCACACCUGUUCACUUAGUGUAAAUGAGUUCCACACAUGUAUUAUUUGACAUUGUUAAAUCUUUGCUGUACAUUUUAAAAAUACAAAACGACCAUUAAUGUUGAAGGAGCAGUCUGUAGGAUUCAUAGGAUUUAUUGGCAUCUAGCAGCCAGGAUUGCAAAACUGCAACCAGCUGAAACUCUCGCGUGAAGCGUGAACUCUCGCUACAUAUUGCUUCAGUGUUCAUUGUUCAGGAGAUUUCUAGCUUAAUUAACAGCAGAGGUCUCUUCCUCUUUAAAAUAAACGGACCAGGUGAUUUAAACUGGUAAAAACAGCAAAUAAAGCCAGUUCUUGUUUAAAAGGUUAGUGCUUUUCCAAUGCUGCUGUUUGCAGAAUGGCUGCUAACUGUGGUGGCUGGUGCGAAAAACACAUUUGGCCCCAUCUAGUGUUUGGUUUGUCUGUUCUAGGCUACUGUAGAGACAUUGCGGUGAAACAUGGCAAUCCCUGUAGACAAGAGUAGGUAUAGCUGCAGCUGGAGCAGCUACGUGAGCUGCCCUCUAGCUGCAUGACUCGCCCAUCAUACCUACACGUCAGUCCAUUAACCUCCUUUGCUCCUUGGCACAGAAACAUAGGUCCUUGUGAAACUGCUAAGAUGGGGAUUAGCUAGCUGUGAAGUAUUAAGUUAAAAGAGAGCUGGGUAACAUUAGUGUAAGGGGAAUGGGAAGGCUACAUCUCCUUACCUAUGCUAAUGCUACCUAAGCGAUUAGCUAACAUUAGCUAUGAAGUAUUAUGUUAAAAGAGAGGAAGUAAAGAGUAGGAUUUGGGUAAUGGGAAGGCUACAUCUCCUUACCUAUGCUAAUGCUACCUAAGCUACAAGCUAACGUUAGCUGUGAAGUAUUACACUAAAAGAGAGGUGGGUAACAUUAGGGUAAGAGUAAUGGGAAGGCUACAUCUCGUUACUUAGGCUAAUGCUACCUAAGUGAUUAGCUAACAUUAGCUAUUAAGUAUUCUGUUAAAAGAGAGGAAGUAAAGAGUAGGAUACAGGUAAUGGAAAGGGCUACAUCUCAUUACCUAUGCUAGUGCUACUAAAGCAAUUGGCUAAUGUUAGCUAUGAAGUAUUGCACUAAAAGAGAGGUGGGUAACAUUAGGCCAAAGGUAAUGGGAAGGCUACAUCUUGUUACUCAUGCUAAUGCUACCUAAGCGAUUAGCUAACGUUAGCUAUUAAGUAUUAAGUUAAAAGAGAGGAGGCUAAGGGUAGGAUAUGGGUUACAUCUCUGUACUUAUAAAGUAAAUCACCUUUUCAUGUAUUAUGAAUUAAAAAGUAGAUUAUUGUUACAUUUGGUCUCAUUUAUUCGCUACAGUGUAGCACUGUAGCAUGGUUCAAAUAGCCGUUGCGUUGGUAGGUUUGUCUUUUACUAGUGGUAGGUGUGCUAUGUAGGGGCGUGUUGUGUAGCUACAAACAGAAUGUGUCAGCUAUACAUGUCUCAAACAAGGACCUGCUCCCUAUUUAGAUAUUAACCGCUCAUUCUAAGGCAACAAAAACACAUUUCCUAUUUUCCGGUGAUUAUACACUAAUGAAACCAUGCUUAUUAUGUUGUUUUCCAUGUCUGCCAAUAUAUCCCCCUCAAUCCUACACACUGGACCUUCAAGAGAACAUGCACUGUAGAAUUAGCAUAUAAUAAUAUGUUUGGAGAAUUAUGUAACAUGACCAGAGGUGAGCUUGUCAGCUGAAGCUGAUACAGUAAACUGCUGCACAUUUUCUUGACAUUGACAGAGCUCUUGUUUUUAUAUUCUACAUGAUUUGCCGGUCAUGCAGAAAUGGGCACAUUAUUUGUUUGCAUAAUACAGUUUUAGUGAGUUAUGUCGGUUCUCAACCCCACUUAACAUAAUGACAUUAAUGAAAAAAAAUCUGACAGAGGUUGUGUGCCAUUAACCUCUGCUGUAUCUGAUAAAUGUAAUUAAGAUACAAGAUCUCAUCUACAUGAAGUUAUAUCGUGCCCUUAAUUGGCUGCAUGUCCCAUCAAUCACUUUUAAGAGCUCUGAUUGGCUCAUUUAUAUCUGGAUCAUUUUUAUAAUGUGAUUACCAACUGGACGUCCUGUAAGACCACUUUAUUUUUUGGGGGGAAAAACUGUUUUGUCUCCUUCUCAGUCUUCUAAGUAUUAUGUUGAAAUAAAGGUUAAGUGCUGAGUGCAAUAUUAUUUGUGUAAAGGGCACAUAAAGUGGCAGAUCUGAGGUCAUUAUGUCAUGUUUUUUGUAUGCAAAUGUUUCAGUGUUGCUGCCAGCCAGUUCCUUGUUCUGAUGAUAAACCGGUGUCUUACUAAGCAAGACAGCCUUGGUGAAUUAUUAGAAGAAGAUAUCUGUGCGUAGGCAAACCUUCAACACUCAGCCUUUAUGUUGAAGCAAUUCUUGUACAGCUUUCACUACAGAGACUAUGAAAAAUGCAGUUAAAUGUGGAUGGAUGGCUAUGAUAAUCAUAGCAAUCAAUAAACAUUGCCUGCUGCAUAAAUAAAAAAAAAAGAAAAGAAAAUUGAUUGGCAGGAGAGUAAGAUGCUACCUCCUGUGACUUCCAUUGCUUUAGGGCCGACACCAGUGUUUUCCUUGUUUCUUAUUUAAUUUCCGAACACUGGUGCAGAGUUUCCUGGAACACCCCUGAGACAGUUUCAUAGGCUUGGCUGGACCCCAGGUUAAAUACUUCUGUUUUAAACUGGGUCUGAGACGUCCUGAUCUAGAUUUGAAGUUGGUCAGGACAGACGCCAGCUGGAAACACUCAGGUGUUUCAGGUAAACGAGACUCUGUUGGCCACUUUUGCUGCUAUAAAUGCCUUAUUGUGAAAAUGUUAGAGAAAUUAAACUGUGUUUGCUUUUAUUUAUUAUGUAACUUAUUCAUGCAAAAGAUAUCAACCACUGUCCAAAAAUGUAUUUAAAACAUUAUAAAAAUUAAAGUCUUAAUAGAUUUUCUAUUUGGUU